GUUGGCUUACUUACUUACCGUUGGUGCUGCUGCUGCUAGGCUCUUGCUGAAUGCUGAUGGGGUUAUUCUUAACUUUUAAGGCAUUGAGAACUUCUCGUCAGACUUAGUUUCGACAAAUGUCCCACGCUAUACGGACAUCAGAGUCAAGUCACUCUCGAUUUCAAGAAAAACAAAAUAAGCCCUUGAGGGAAUCUUUAUGCGAAGGGUAAAUGUGUGCAGUUCUUGGUGAUUUGCUAAAUAAGGGGACUGGAAGGGUAAUAUUUCGUUGGUGUCGUGUCUGACUGUGAUUCAACUUUAUAUAGUUAUAAAUACGUGCAAGGAUUUAAAUAAUCAGGCGUCAAGAUGGGCUACGGGGACAAAAUGCACAGAUGUGGGAAGUUUAUGAAGUAUGGCCUUUAUAUUUCGAAUUUCCUGAUUUUGGUGGGUGGAAUAAUAGCCACAAUUUUUGGCGUGAUGGCACUCCGAGACCAAUCCAUAUUCGAGAAGCUCAUGCAUGACACGUUAUACAAAAGUGCGUCCAAUGUCCUUCUUGGGACAGGAAUCUGCAUCAUACUCUUUGUUGCGUUUGGAUGCUUUGGAGCUGUUAAAGAAGUCAAAUGUUUUCUAUUGCUGCACAUUAUCGUACUUCUCAUCUUUUUCGUCGUCCUAUUUUUUGGAGGAGUUAUUGGCUACGUAUUCCACGGGAAAGAUUCGGAACUGAUAAAAACGGAUAUGAGAAAUUCCAUGAAACAUUACAAUCACAGCGAUUCAAUUCAAGAGACUUGGAACACAAUUCAGUCACACUAUCAAUGUUGUGGUAUUCAGCAAUUCAGCGACUGGGAACAGUCUCUACAUACGAAUGAACUGCCGGCAAGCUGUUGUCGCAAUAAGGGAGAGAUACCGAAAUGUCAAUUACACAUCAACCCAGAAGAUGUUUGGACCGUGGGGUGCUUGACGAGGUAUAAAGCUGGUGGAAUCACAGUUGGCAGUGUGAGCAUUGCAGUUGCAGUUUUAAUGAUGAACGGAUUAGUCUUCACUUACGGAGUUUUCAGAAGUAUAACAUGAAAGACGCUACAUUGGUGCUGUGAUAUUUAAGCAUUAUUUACAACUUCUUAGUCAUAAACUUGAUAAAUACGUAGGGUUGUUCUUCUUGGUCUUUUGUCAAAUAACGAUUCUCGCUGUGUGUACAUAUACGCCGUAACAUUCUGUUUAAAUUAUUUAAACUAUGUGUGAAGAAUGUAGAAUCAGGCUGUCGAACCAACUAAACUGUUAACUAAAACCUAUCUUGUUGUACUGCUGUCACUAGACACCUUAUAAAAGUUAACCAUGAAUGCAAUUUUCUAAAUGCAUAAUUGAGCUACGAGGUUUUAAAUUGUUUUACACGUAACGUUAUUCUUAUACGGUGUUUGAUCUAUCAUCGAAUUUGUGGUUGACGUAUAAUGCAUAAUUUAUUUUGUGAAGAACGAUGUCCUAGUCGUUAUACUUUUUAAUUUUUCCUGUGACAAUUUAUUUAUGUGCACUUUGCUUUCUACAUUGGGCACGAACGAUGACAUCCAUCAAGUAUUGCGAAUAUUAAUAUCCGCACAACAUGGACAUUGGAAUAAAUAGUAUAAGAAAUCAGAAUCGAACUGAAUAAUAAAUAGGUAGACUCACUCGCAGAUUUUACACGGGUUGUACUGUGAGGAAUAUUUGUUAAUAGUUGUUACAAAAUUUAACGGAUUUUUUAUCAUGAUUCAAAAGUGUUUUAAUAAUGAAAUGUUUUUCGAAAUUUUAUGUAAUUUGAAAAUUACAAAGCAAUUCCAAAAACUUUGUACUGUUAAAUAAACAUAUUCGUUUACAAAAUAAGAGCCUCUCCUCGAAAAUAA